AUGGUGUUGGACGUGGCAGGCGCGGUGAAGGAGCUGGUGGUGUUGGACGUGGCGGGCGCGGCGAAGGAGCUGGUGGAGAAAAGCCUGGACGCGGGGGCGACGAGCGUGGAGGUGUGCCUCAAGAAGUUUGGUGCCGAGCUCAUUGAGGUGGCGGAUAAUGGCUGUGGGGUUGCGCCUCCUAACUGGCAGGUGACGUUGGACGCGGGGGCGAUGAGCAUGGAGGUGCGCUUGAAGGACUUGGGCGCGGACCUCUUCAAGAUGGCGGACAACGGCUGUGGGGUCACUCCUCCCAACUGGCAGGCACUGACCCUCAAGUACCACACGUCCAAGAUCGCCCAUUUGGCCGACCUUCAAUCGCUCUCCUCCUUCGGCUUCCGAGGGGAAGCCCUCUCCUCCCUCAGCACCCUUGCUGACGUCACCAUCACCACCCGCACUGCCAACGAGCCAAUCGCAACGCGGCUGGCGUUCGACCAAGCGGGAAAGCUCCUAGACGCCCCUCGGGAACAGGUCGCCAGGGUAGUUGGAACUACGGUCAGUGUGGCGAAGAUUUUCUCGCCGCUGCCCGUGCGGCGGCGGGAGUUUGAGCGGAACGUGCGGCGCGAGUUUGCGAAGCUGAGCGGGCGCAGCAGCGCGCGCAUCACUGUGGUGCAGACAGCUGGCACUGGGUUGAUGCGCGAGAACAUAAUCCCUGUGUUUGGCGCCAAGGCUGCUGGAGGCCUCGACCCAGUCGACAUCACCUUCCCUCUCUCCCCUGCUGCCAUCACCGCUGCCCCUCUUGCUCCUGCUGCUGCUACCGGAGCAAGCAGUGGAAGGUCUUUGGGCGAUCGGCAGUUUUUCUUUCUCAACGGGCGUCCAGUGGAUCUGCCACGCCUCUCCAAGCUGCUCAACGAGCUCUAUCGCUUCUUCAAUUCCCUGCAGUUCCCCACCGCUUUCCUAAACGUUUCGCUUAGGGCGGACGCAUACAACGUGAACGUGACCCCGGAUAAGCGCAAGGUGUUUUUGCACUCGGAGGCGGCGCUGCUGUCGGGGCUGAGAGCUGCUUUAUCGGAGUUUUACUCUCCGAAUAGGUAUGUCUACCGAGCUGCGCCGGCUGGUUCGGUAGCGAAGGAUAUUGAGGAACGGGUGAAGAAGGAGGUUGGGGAGAAGGGAAAAGGGAGAAGGGGUGUGGGAAGAGGGGUAGGGGAUGGGGAGGAUGAGGGGGAGGGUGGUGAGGAUGGAGAGGAAGAGGGGGAGGGAAGGAGGAAGCGAGUGAGGGUGAAUAGUGAUACUGAUGGUGGUGGUGGUGCUGUUGGUGCACGAGGGGGUGGUGAAAUAAGAGAUGCGAAUACUGAUGGGAGGGGGAGCAGGAGAGAUGAGUUGAUUGGGGAUGGGGAUGGUGAUGGGGAUGGGGAUGGGCAGAUAGAGGAGGCGGAAGGCGGGGAGGUGGAGGAAACGGAGGGGGAUAGAAGGAAGCCUCUAUAUCAGUUUGAGCGAGGCGAGGGAGGAGGGAAAGCAACGCUAGUGGCGGCAGUGGGGGAAGCAGCACAAUAG